AUGAGCAUCACCCCUUUCCUUUCUGAAAUUGCAAGCCACAUUGCGUGGAGGAUGUCAGGCCUGUUCUGCUCUGAGGUCUUCUUUGGCCAAAGCUGGGCAUUCCGUGGGAAGCGCCGCGAGACCGCCCAGUCCAUUCGACCGGAGGAGGUCUUGGACAGCUUUGAUGCGAUUGUGAACCUUGGCAGCUCCCCAUGGGUUGGUCAAAGCUUCCAACGUUUGUCAAAAAUGGCGGAGAUGAUGCCCAUCAUCUCAAACCCCAGUGCUGCCAAAGCAAUUGAGCAAUUGGGAUUUAGCCCCUCUGUGCUGCAGCCGGGAGAGCUUCUUGGCAAAGUCGGCACAGUCUUUCAGUUAAGGUCGCUAAUGCUAGGGAAGCUUCGCAUCUCCGCCUUGCCUGGAAGUGUCGUUGGCCCUCCGUGGCAAGAUCCAGAGAAUGGAUACGUUUUCACAGACACUCGACCCGGUGGCUUGUCAAUAGGUACCGAGCCUCAUGGAAACUUGCUUGGACCUGCGCUUGGAACGUCGUUCAAGCGGCUGCCCAGUUCUUCGACUGUGCCACCACUGGAUGCGGUCAUUUUACCCUUGACUUCGCAGCAGAUCUCGGGGUACAGGUUGGUGAAUGGAGUGCAGGAAGCAGCCGACACAUUAGAAGCCCUUGAUCCCGUGCCCCGGUUUUUGCUUCCACUCCGGAAUGCAGAGCUGGAUGCCUCAGGCUUCUUGGCUGAGCAGCUCCAGGAAGACGGCUCUGUAGAGAGUUUCGCCACGUUGCAGCGCAGCAGACCAAAACUGCGCCAUGUGCAACUGCUGGACUUGCAGCCUGGGCAGCUGGUGCAAUUAGAGCUGAGCCCCGCCCAGCAUAGCCCAGCCUGA